GAACGGGGGCAGCAGCUGAAAGACGUCGCUCGGCUCGAGCUCAGGCGAACCAGAAGAGGAGAGGAAGGUGGGAGAGAGAGAGAGAGACCAGAGGAGGUGUGGAGCCUGGGACACGACGGGACACCGGGACACUGGGACAGGUGAGACAGGGGCGUGGAGGGCAGCGAGCGAUGCAGUGAGGAGGAGCUGAAACCCCUCAGGUCGGAAGUCGACACUCACCAGGAGGAGGAGGAUGCAGUCCGGCGCUCAGGAGCAGCCGCUGGCGCUCGCCUCGAUCCGCCCGUACAACUCCACCAAUGGGAAGGAAGAGGAGGUGAAUACAGAUGCUGAGUCCGUGGAGGAAGAGGCGGAGUUUAACUGGGAGGAGUUCAUGGAGGAGACGGGGGCGAACGCCGCCCCGCACACCACCUUCAAACAUGUGGAGAUCAGCCUGCAGAGCAGCUUCCAGCCCGGCAUGAAGCUGGAAGUGGCCAAUAAGAGCAGCCCGGACACGUACUGGGUGGCCACCAUCAUCACCACGUGCGGCCAGCUGCUGCUGCUUCGCUUCAGCGGUUACGGCGACGACCGCAAGGCCGACUUCUGGUGCGACGUGAUGACGGCCGAGCUGCACCCGGUGGGCUGGUGCACCCAGAACAACAAGACCCUCAUGCCCCCUGAAGAUAACAUUUACCUAAGAAAAGCCAUCAAGGAGAAACACAGCGACUGGACGGAGUUCCUGGUUCAGGACCUGACGGGAUCCAGGACGGCGCCGGCCAACCUGCUGGAGGGGCCUCUGAGAGGGAAGAACACGGUGGACCUGAUCGUCGAAGGCUCCGUCUUAGAGCUUCAGGACGUCUCGGAUCCGUUCCUGUUCUGGCCCUUCAGAGUCGUGCAGAACGUCGGAGGGAGACUUCGCCUGCGCUGUGCCGGCCUCUCUGAAGACCAGCAGGCUCAGGACUCGUGGCUGUUCUACCUGGACGUCAGACUCCGGCCCCUCGGCUGGGCCCUGGAGAACCAGCUCGCCUUAGAACCGCCCACAGAGCUUCGGUCUCUGAAGAGCGCCCCCGACUGGCAGGAGGAUCUGGAUGAGGCGCGACUCCUCGGACAGAAGAACCCGCUGCCGCUCGAGGUGUUCAAGGACCACGUGGACCUGCCCGAGCUUUCCCUCAGGACGGGGAUGAAGCUGGAGAUGGUGUCGCCGUGGGAGCAGCUCAGGAUCUGCCCCGUCUCCGUCACCAGGGUCUACGAUAAGAUCUACUUCCAGGUGACACUGGACGACCUCUCUGUGGACGUUAAGCCUCGGUCCGUGCUGUGUCACGCCAGCUCGCCCGGCAUCCUGCCCGUCCAGUGGUGUCUGAAGAACGGCGUGGGCCUGGAGAAGCCCCCCGGCUACGAGGGCCAGGACUUCGACUGGGCCGACUACCUGAAGCAGAGCGGGACCGAGGCGGCGCCCGACGCCUGCUUCCCUGAGACAUGGCAGAGCAGAGGCUUUGCCAAGGACAUGUGGCUGGAGGCGGUCAACCCUCAGCGGCCGGUGGAGGUGUGUGUGGCUCAGAUCACACAGGUCAGAGGACGCCUGCUGUGGCUCCGACUGGAAGGUGUGACCAAGCCCUUGUCAGAGUGCAUCGUGGACGUGGAGUCCAUGGACAUCUUCCCCGUCGGCUGGUGUGAGGCCAACGUUUACCCCCUGACCCCCCCGCUCAGACCUGUCUGCCAGAAGCAGAAGAAGAUCGCAGUGGUUCAGCCAGAGAAACAGUUGGCUCCGUCCCAGCCGAUGGAGACGCCUCCCGUCAGCUACUGCCAGCCCGUCGUCAUGGAUCCAGGAUCCGCUAACGGACGAUACUGCUGCUCCAAGAUCUUUGUCAACAACCGCUGCUUCUCAGGACCGUACCUCAACAAGGGACGCAUCGCCGAGCUGCCGCAGGCCGUCGGGCCCGGGAAAUGCACGUUGGUGCUCAAAGAGCUGCUGAACAUGCUGAUCAACGCCGCCUACAAGCCCGGACGAGUCCUGAAGGAGCUGCAGGAGCUGGAGGACCAGAGCUGGGACUGUCAGGAGGAGACGCUCAAAGCCAAAUAUAAAGGGAAAACGUAUCGCUCCACCAUCCGGAUCGUCCGCCUGGCCGAACAGAUCCCGGACUUCUGCCGCAAAGUGUGUGUGAAGCUGCAGUGCUGCCCCAACCUCUUCAGCCCGGUCCUCGUCGCCGACAAGUGCCCGGAGAACUGCUCGGUUCAGACCAAAACCAAAUACACUUAUUACUGCGGGAAGAAGAGGAAGCUGUCCAAGCCGACAGCAGGAGAGGAGACGGCGGAGGGAGAGCUGGCCAAGCCGGCGCGCCGCAGGAAGAAGAGGAAAGCCAUCUUUGUGCAGAAGAAGAGACGCUCGUCCGCCAUGGACUACACUCCGGCUGGCUCACCGCAGGACAGUGACGAGGGAGAGGAGGACGAAGAGAUGGCGAUGCAGUCGGGCAGCGAAGGCAACAGCUCGGAGCCUCGGGACGACCACACCGACGCGUCCUCGGUGGAGGUGGCGACCUUCAGCCUGGGAAAGGCCGCGGGCAGCGAGGAGGCCCCCGGGGGCCGCAGGAGGUCGACUCGCUCGCUGUCGGCCCACAAGCAGCACAACAACAAGUACCAGCCGCCACAGGCACAAGAGAUGAAGGUGGAGGAGGAGGACGAUCAGCUGGUUUUGGACAGAAACCCUCUGGAGUGGACCGUAGACGAAGUCGUUCAGUUUAUCAACUCGACCGACUGUGCAUCGCUGGCCAACAUCUUCCAGGAGCAGGACAUCGACGGCCAGGCCCUGCUGUUGCUGACACUGCCCACGGUCCAGGAGUGUAUGGACCUGAAGCUCGGCCCGGCCAUCAAGCUGUGUCACCAGAUCGAGCGCGUCAAGGUCGCCUUCUACAGGCAGUACGCCAACUGACCUCCGAGCAGCGAGGGAGAGGAACGCCGAGAGGAAAACUGUGGACGACAUGGACGUGUUGGAUUAACGUUUUUUGUGGAUUUCUAACCUGCAAGAAGAAGGAAUAUACACAACAAGCUGACUACUGGAGGAUUUCUUCCCGGGAGAAGUUGAAGGAUUUAAUUUCUGAGGAACUGUCUGUGUGAAAAUUUGACGACAGUUCCCACGUGAACUUCAAACCGAACACAUGGGAGAGGAUCCAUGUGCUUUACUGAUCUGUGAAGAAACCGAGAACUCGUUUUCUGAAGAUGUUUGUGUUGAUUUCUUACUUUUCAUUCCCAUGUUAUUCGUGAUAGAGGAGCUUUAUAGCAUUUAAGUUAAAAUAAUUAUUGACUAUAGAGACUUUUUCCACUUUAUGUGACACAAUUGGUUCUGGAAAAAAAUAUAUUUGAGAAGUAUUUAACAAUCCAAGAAGUAAUAUAUUUGUAGUAUUUAUUGUCAUCCUUAUUUAUAAGGAGUAUUCUAUCUAUUUGGAUGCAGAGAUGUGAAUUGAAGAGUUUUAUCAAAUUAUUAAUAUCAGCUCCUUCUCCCCCGAAACUAAACACUGAGGACGAAUUCGUUAUUUCAAAAAGAGAAACUCUAAACUGCUGUUGUUCAGACUCACAGUUUCAUAGAGGAAACAGAAAAAGGUGUCCCACGUGUUGCCUGAGAGAAUAACACCCUCUGAAAUACUUUGUGCUCUUUCUCUCUCUCCUCAUCGUCACAAUCACGUGAAACAAUCAUCAAAGCUAUUUUGUGUCCAUCUAUGCAAAGGUGUCGCAGAUAUUUUUGAUAAGUCAGAGAAUAAAUUUCUAUUGAUUUUU